GGGGACGCGCCGGUCCCCAGCAUGGCGGCCCCUUGGCCGGCAGCUCCGGGGGCCGUGGCCCCCCAGCUCCUCCGUGUCCUGUGGUUCGUGUCAGUCACCACGGGACCUUGGGGAGCUGCUGCCAUCGCCGCCGCCGGUGGCGAGGAGACGCUUAAGUGCGAGGACCUCAAAUUGGGACAAUAUAUUUGUAAAGAUCCAAAAAUAAAUGAUGCUACACAAGAACCAGUUAACUGUACAAACUACACAGCUCAUGUUCCUUGUUUUCCAGCACCCAACAUAACUUGUAAGGAUUUUGGUGGCAAUGAAACACAUUUUACUGGAAAUGAAGUUGGUUUUCUCAAGCCUAUAUCUUGCCGAAAUGUAAAUGGCUAUUCAUACAAAGUGGCAGUUGCGCUGUCUCUUUUCCUUGGAUGGUUGGGAGCAGAUCGAUUUUACCUUGGAUACCCUGCCUUGGGUUUGUUAAAGUUUUGCACUGUAGGGUUUUGUGGAAUUGGGAGCCUAAUUGAUUUCAUUCUUAUUUCAAUGCAGAUCGUUGGACCUUCAGAUGGAAGUAGUUACAUUAUAGAUUAUUAUGGAACCAGACUUACAAGACUGAGUAUUACUAAUGAGACAUUUAGAAAAACACAGUUAUAUCCAUAAAUAUUUUUAAAAAGAAACAGAUUUGGGCUUCCUUGAUUUCAAUAGAGCACUCUCAGUAUGUGGAUUUCCAGAUUAUCCUUUUUCUUCAUAUACCACUUUAUGGAUUCUUUAUAACUUUUUGUUGAUAUUUUUUGUUUUGUUGUUUUACUUAAAAGCAUAUUAUUCUGAGAUUUAUUUAAUUGGACUUUCUUUGAGAGCUGGGUGAUAAUUGACUCUUAGGCUACUGUCUCCAUGAGAUAGAUAGCUUAUUACCCCAAUAUUCUUUAAUGCCUUUUCGAAAGGCAAGUUGCGACUUGUCAUUUUCGCUUCUGAAAAAUAAAAGAAUGACUUAUUCACAUUUUUUUUAGUGCUUUAUUAUUAAGAAAACCUUAUAUGUUGAAUGUAGCGGUCUUCUGCAUUUUGAUCCUUCAAAGCAGUUAAUCCACAGUGUGAACAAACACCAUUUCCUAUAUUGCCUGGGGCUGGGGCCGCAGUUGUGUAUGAGAACCCAUCUGUUUUUCUCCAGCUUUCAGAUCUGCCUCUGCCUUGGUAUCCAUCGAGUGAAAGAUCACUGGGGAGUCUGAAACCUUGAGGCAACAUGGAUACUUCUGGCACUGAUGCAGGCCUCUGAAGUGUGAAGUUGUUCCUUUUUGCUUUGGGAGUGAUGCACUAGCUUUUGGAAGACCAGCUGCUGACUCAUCUAGCUCAGCGUAGUUAUAUUUGAAGCUGGAUGGACAAGGUGGGAACACCAAACAGAUGAUGAAUGUCUUCCAUCUGUUAGCGCUGCCAGGCAGAUGCUGGUACAAGUGCCUUGGGUGAUGCACCAGUGUCUGAGGGAAGCAGCCCCUGUACCUUAGGACUGGCUUCCUCACCGCGUUUGGGAGGGUGGUAAGAAGAUGGAAAUACCGGGAAUGUUAUAUGUCCUCAUAAUACUGUCAUGCUUUAGUAACAGGCAUAACGAUUUCACAGUUACUUGGGUCCCAGCUCCUCAAGAGUAAAAACCAUCGUUUUUUAUCACUCAUUUUUCUCAAAAGUAUACAGUGACAGUACAGUUAGCUUCCUAACAUGUUAGUCAUUCAGUAACAGCUUCUGCAGUUGGUGGGAGAUUAUGCGGUAUUGAUACAUGAAAUGAAUUUGGAUUGACUCCUCAUG